CGGAGGAAGGAGCGACCACUCCUCCCGCGCCCCUCCCCUGGCUCUGCUGGCGCGAGUUGCUCUCUCCGCAGCCAGGCGGCUUAGUGCAGGUUCGCCCUUCGCACCUCGAACGUCUGUCUCGCUGCCGCUGCGUGGUGCCGCCGCCGCCGGACGCCGCGUCGAUCAGCAGUGCGUUGGUUUGCCAGUGCCGCCCCCACCCGCCCCCACUGCCCCCCCGGUGCCCGCCGCGCCUGGACUCUAGUGCCGCCGCCGCCGUUCCGAACCCUCAGCGCCGCUCGUUCCGCACAGAACAGCUGACCCGUGCCAUUUCAUGGUAUUUUUGGUGAGUGUUCCGCUUGACUAUACAAUUGACACACGUGAUUGGAGCCGACAGAGACCUCCAAAUGCGAUUCCAGCACAGGCGAGGCGGCCAGUGUGGCGCAAUAGGGCCGCUGCCUCAACCCCACGGACACGCAGCACCGCAGAGCGGCCCCUAUACUGGGCCUCGGUCGCCGAGAGCCACAAUCGACCGCUCAGUCGGCCCAGCAGCGUCGCCUAUGUCCAUUGGGCGACUGCUUGCCAACGUGAUGCACCCCACAAUGAAUUCUAAGGAGGCGGAAUGUCCUCCAAGUCAAAAGGACCAAGUAGAGCCAGUGGACUUGAGCGUCAACAAAAGUCCAGUGAGGCGGCGCGAACAGGUGGUGCUGAAGGUGCCGACGUACAACCCCGUCCCGAGCGUGGCGGCAGCCCAGUCCAGUCCACCGGUUUUAAACCCGAUUGGCCUGCCUGGUCAGCUCGACCUCAGGUCGCUGGCAACCCUCAAGAAAGAACAAGGAGACACCCAGAUCUCACCCAUGGAGCUCAUCUCGUGGUACUUGGAGGCGGCUGCAUCAGCCGACUCGACCGCCCCCGCGCCCCCCAGCGAUGACCUGGCGAACUGUAUCGAGGGUCUGCGCACCAGCACCACCACCACCCUGCUCUCCCUGCAGAGAAUCAAGGCAAUGGUGCUGCACAAAAAUUCAGGUCCAACGCUGUCUUCCGUGCCCGUUUUGAACGGGGUCAACUCGCCGCCACCCCCCGCCUUCACCGCCCCCGCGUGUCCCUCGCCUGGAGGCAGCACCGGAGGAAGCGCCGACUACAGCGACAACCUUCGGAGAAGAAAAGUGCACAAAUGCGAUUUCGACGGCUGCAAAAAGGUUUACACGAAGAGCUCGCACCUCAAAGCUCACAAACGAACGCACACAGGUGAGAAGCCUUACAAUUGUACCUGGGAUGGUUGUACCUGGAAGUUCGCUCGAUCUGACGAGCUGACGAGGCACUAUAGGAAGCACACCGGCCAGAAGCCUUUCAAAUGCAACCUGUGUCAGAGGUCAUUUUCCCGGUCGGACCACCUCUCUCUGCACAUGAAGAGACACUGAUCGCGGCCUGAGAGGGCCAAAAACACGACUGCAAGUUACCUGGCCAAGUGUUUGACUCACAAUCAGCAUCCGUCCUUUUACGAGACUUUGCUAAUAACUUUUUACACAAUGUCAUAUUGACUAUUUUCAUCUUGCCAAAAGUGACGACCAUGCAAGGGCUCAAAAACAACAUUUAUAGCUCAGAGUUUUGAAAAAAAAAUCACAUUGUGGCCUUCUCUGACAAUGAAGAUCAGUAGUUUGUAACAACUUCAAUUGUGAAUGAUGAAGUCUAACCACUGGAUACUUAAUAAGUUCCUUAAGAUCGAUAUUUUACACUAGCCGUAAUGAACAUUCCUUCGUAACGUGUUAUUUGUCUGGUAGAUAUCGAGAGAGUUCAAGUGUAUUUAUUUUUUAUUCGCGGAGCAUCGCGUGCUGUGUGUUCCGACCAAGGUGUACCUUUAUUCCUGUUGAAGAGAAUCCAAAAAUAUCCAUUGGUUGUGGCAUUCAUAUUUUCUUAUAGUAAGAAUGUGUGGCAGUACGCACAGACUGCGAUCUGAAUAACUGGUGCUAAUACGGCAUGAAGACGUAAAAUAGGGAAUUUUGUACAAAAGACGAAAAAUAUGUAGCGAGUAGUAAGGAGAAACGACAAUGACGUGUGUGAAUAAUGCAUUGUAAUACAGUGCCUUAUGUAUCAUAAACGACACUGAAAAUCGGGACUUGGCCAUUCCUCAUGAUUAUUUUUUGAAAGAUGCGCGUGCACAUCUCUCAUCAAUAAUGUAAGAGUUUACUUUGUAAUUUGUAUACGAGUCCUAUCUCUAUGACAAAGAGAACAGAUUAUUAGUUUUUAGUUUUCGAAUUGUGCUUUUUCAGUUGACUCUUAUUUGGCCGAAAGCUGCUUUUCCUUACCUUAGAAUCCAAUUUUUCUAAAACGUUACUUUUCCUAGCUUAAAGUGACAAAACCUGAGCAUUUGGGCAAAAUUUGUUGCUUUUCUUUACGAGCUUUUUCAUCGAUGCCAGGCUCUUUCGGUCAAUCAAUGAUUGGGACAUAAAAUUAAUUUAUAAUUAUCCAUUUGAUUGGACUUAAGGAAUGUUUUUAAACUUGUAAGCUACAUUCAACUAAAAAGCACAAGUCUAUUGGUGACUCCACUUUUUUUUGUAAUUAGCUAAACAACGACAAACAGUUUUUGGCCAGUUUUUAUUUAGUUUAUCUCCGAAAAGCUGAUUCCAUCAGUUUUGCCACUUUGAUAAAAAAAAAAAAAACUGCGGCAGGUUACUUAACUUGCGAUCAGAUUGUCGGCAUGUUCAUUCAUUUUCGACGCACUCUCUUCACAUGCCGUAAGAUCUCUAUCAUUUAAGUAGAUUCAAAUUGGUUGAUUGCCUAGCAGUGUGUAAUUUGAGAUUUUUUUGUUAUUCCUGAUAAAUACAAAUCAACUCAUUUGUGAAGUAUAUGCUUUUAAUUUAUUUUUUCCACCGCCAGCUUGUACAGUUUAGAGUUACAUCAUAAUCAUCUUCCAAAACACAUUUUGUUGCUUAUUGUAAAUAGUUCGACUCUGAUGAAGUAAUUUAAUUUUUGUUGAGUAUUAUGUACUACACCCCUUAACUUGUACGCGAAUGAUGAUGAUACAGAAUGCAUGUCGCUAAAAUAAUUGUUGAUUACAAAUGAUUUUGUAUUUUUGAAAGGACACAAAUGAGAAAUAAAUGUGACAUAGUUGGA